AUGGAUGCUGAAGUGUGUCUCUGCACGGCUUGCUCCAAAACCCCAGAGGACGUCGUUCUUCUCAUGUGUGGACAUGGAGUGUGUAAGCGCUGCCUGCAGCGUGGCUGGAGGGGGUCCUACCAGUGCUCGGUGUGUGGAGUAGUCUCUAACGAGGAGAGCUUGCCCUGUGGAUCCUUCCCUCCUGCUGCCGUGUGCUCGGUGUGUAGAGUAGUCUCUAACGAGGAGAGCCUGCCCUGUGGAUCCUUCCCUCCUGCUGCCGUAGUCUCUAAUGAGGAGAGCCUGCCCUGUGGAUCCCUCCCUCCUGCUGCCGUAGUCUCUAACGAGGAGAGCCUGCCCUGUGGAUCCCUCCCUGCUGCUGCAAAGAAGAAGCAGCAGGAUCAUCGUUCAGGCGCGCCCGGAGGACGCCGGCCACAAACUGAGAGCCAUAAGGCUGCAGCAGAACCACCUGAGGUGCUGUUGUGUGGGCGACACGGGGAGAAGGCCAAGCACCUAUGCCUGGAAGACAAGCAGUUUCUGUGUGAUCAAUGUCGGGGUGACGAUCAGCAGCAUAAGGGACACAAAUGCUGGUCCGUAGAGGAAGAAGCUGGUGUUGAGCUUAAGAGAGAACUUCAGACUCUUCUGGCAGAUCUAGGGGCCAAACUUGAGAUCCUGAGAGACAACAAAGACACGUAUGCACAAACAGCAGAACACAUAACGCAUCAAGCCAGGGACUCAGAGGAGAGCAUCAAGAGAGAGUUUGCAAGGCUCCAUCAGUUCCUCCGUGAUGAAGAGGCUUCCAGAAUAGCAGCCCUGAGGGAGGAAGAGGAGCAGAAGAGUAAAACGAUGAAGAGCAAGAUCGCCAAGCUGAGUGAAGAGAUGCUAUCUCUAUCAAACACAAUCAGUGAAAUAGAGGAGUUAACAGCAGAUGGCAUGCCUUUGCAGAGCAUGGUGGCUGCUGUGGAAAGGUGA